UCCUGCCAACAAACUACCGGUGGGGCAGGCACACACAGGAUUACCACUCAGUCCACAGCUGGGCGGGGAGCUGACGAUUUUGGGCGACUAUUCUAUGGAGAUGGAUCCUUUCAUGACGAACACACCUGAGACCUCUUUGCCUUCAGGGGUUAUGGAUUAAAUUGCUACUUUUUGAACUGGAGCUGAGCCGGGAGGAAAUUCACCUGACCGACCACGCCUUGCGCCUUGCGCCUCCAUCAUGCCCGUUCUGGACUGGGAGCGCGAGACAGAGCAAGGAGGGGGUGAUGCUCUGCCCAAGCUGCCCUUGCCCGCCCUGGGGGACACGCUGGACCUCUACCUGAGGACCCUGCGGCCCCUGCUGACAGAGGAGCAGUAUCAGGAGACCCUGAAGAUAGUGACUACGUUUGGGGCUCCUGGGGGCCUCGGGGAGCUGCUGCAGCGCAGGCUCCUGGAGAGGAGCGAAAACAGAGCCAACUGGGUGUAUGACUACUGGCUGAAUGACAUGUACCUGGCCAACCGAAUGGCCCUGCCCAUCAACUCCAGUCCGGUCAUGGUGUUCCCUCCACAGCACUUUCGGGCUCCAAUAGACUCACUAAGGUUCGCUGCUCACCUGAUUUCAGGGAUGUUAGAGUACAAAUCCCUCCUCGAUACGCGCUCCUUGCCUUUGGACUAUGCGCGGGGUCAGCUGGCUGGCACUCCUCUGUGCAUGGAGCAGUACUACCGCCUGUUCACCUCCUACCGCCUACCGGGGCCCCAGAGGGACACACUAGUGGCCCAGCAGAGCAGCGUGAUGCCAGAGCCUGAGCACAUCAUCGUGGCCUGCAGAAACCAGUUCUUCGUCAUGGAUGUGGUGAUCAACUUCCGUCGACUGAACGAGAGAGACCUGCUGACCCAGCUGGACAAGAUCUCUAAAAUGGCCGACAGCGAGGAGGAGUGCCUCCCUCCUAUUGGUCUACUCACUUCAGACGGUCGCACCGAGUGGGCGGAGUCCCGCCGGGUGCUCAUGAAAGAGUCCACCAACAGGGAUGCUCUGGAUAUGAUCGAGAGGUGCCUAUGUCUGGUGUGUCUUGACCAAUCGUCUGGCCUCGAUUUGACUGACACCUCCAGGGCCAAGCUGAUGCUGCAUGGAGGAGGCGGGGCUAAGAACGGGGGAAACCGCUGGUACGACAAGCCCAUGCAGUUUGUCAUAGGAUCCGAUGGCUGCUGCGGAGUGGUGUGUGAGCAUUCUGCUUUUGAGGGGAUCGUCCUUGUGCAAUGCACAGAGUACCUCCUCAAAUACAUGAGAGGCAGUCCGUCUAAACUGGUUAGAGCUGCAAGCGUGAGUGAGCUUCCCGCUCCUCGCAGGCUACGCUGGAAAUGCACCCCAGAAAUUCACAAGCACCUCUCCUCUUCUGCAGACAAACUCAACAGGCAAGUGAGAAAUUUGGACAUGGACGUUCAUAAGUUCCACGAGUACGGGAAGGAGUUCAUCAAGAAGCAGAAGAUGAGCCCGGACGCCUACAUCCAGGUUGCCCUGCAGCUAGCCUACUACAAGUGUCACGGACGCCUGGUGUCCACCUACGAGAGCGCGUCCAUCCGUCGUUUUCAGGAAGGUCGAGUGGAAAACAUCCGCUCAGCCACCGCCGAGGCCCUGGGGUUUGUCCGAGCGAUGGCCGAUUUGAAAUCGAGUGAUACAGAAAAGAUGGAACGGUUACGCGCAGCAAUCAAUGCACAGACGAAGUACACAGUUCUGGCUAUCACUGGGAAGGCCAUUGACAAUCACCUACUGGGACUCCGGGAAAUAGCACAAGACCUGAAGCUGGAGAAACCAGAGAUAUUCAAAGACACAGCCUUUCUGAUCAGUAAUCAAUUCAUUCUGUCUACAAGUCAGGUGCCCACCACCGUCGACAUGUUCUGCUGCUACGGGCCGGUGGUCCCGGACGGCUACGGCGCCUGCUACAACCCCCAGUCGGACCACGUCCUCUUCUGCGUGUCCAGUUUCAGGGACAGCCCUCAGACGUGCUCCGAAGAGUUCGUCCAGAUCCUGGAGCGGGGCCUCCUGGAGAUGAGGGACUUAUGCGUCAGACACAACGCCGACACCAAUGGGAAUCCUGGUGGGAAAGCCGAUGAGAGACCCAGUGGGAAGCCCAAGGAGGAAACUCUGGAGAGGCCUGUGCAGAGCCAAGCGACCAGGAUGGUUGGCGGGACACCGUCCGCUCUGGGGGACGUCCCGAGACCUCCGCCCCAGGUUUUAGUGAGCAAAGCAGCGGCGAAAAGCCAAGUGGAUAUCCAGACUCAGACGACAUCGCAAGGAGGCUCGAAAGAACGUAAGAUUUGAAGUAAGUAAAAAAGGUUAUGACGAUAUCUCGUGGUGGACCGUUUAUUGUCUUAGUGUAUAAUAUUAGUGUUGGUAAUAGCAUUGCUUGUAUGGAAAAUAGUUCAUAACCGAAUGUAUGGAGAAACAAUGAGCCAUCUUCUUAGAUAUUCUUUUAGUUUGCAGUAUGACCUUCCCAUUACCAAGAGCCUUCUUCCCCCAUUUUACAACUCCUCAAUUAUGUACAUCCUGCUAAGCAUUUGUUUGUAGGUCAGGAUAUUAAUACAAGUUAGAAUACAUAAUCAUUAGAAAUGAGGCAAACCUUCUGCUUACAGAUCUUCUGGAAACCAAUCUUUGAAAUUUGCCUGAGUCUAAUGUGUUGCACUCUGCUGGUCGUUCCGAUCCUGUCUUAGAACCCAGAGCAUCAGCAGUUGAUGCUGCCAACUCCUCCACAGCAGUAGUACCACCAAAGCAUUAAAUCCAAUUUUCCCUCCAGCAUUCUAGUCUGAUUCUAAAGUCUGUCUCCUCCCCAGUUGUCGCCGGUAACCAGACCGUAGUGUGCGGUAUAAUAUCAGAGGACACCAUUGCAGAUAUUCUGGACCCCCCCGCUAGUCAUGGGACGUUCUACCUACUUUAAACUGGUCCAAUCGGUGGCCCAAUGAUGACAUCAGAGGACGCUUUCUGCUCCCUGCAACAUCAGUCGAGAAUGAAAAGUAAACCACUAUAGCAAGUCUUCUCUUUGUAAGACCCACUGCACUGUGUCAACCAAACAAGGUUUAAGACCACCAUUUCAUACAGAUACAACUUUAUGGUGAGUUAGUGAAACCAGUAAAAUCCCCUUUUAACAAUGUUGAAAUACUAUGUUGCACAGUGUUAGUUGCUGGUUAACCGAUUUAAAAAGAUGAAAGACUCCUGAGACUUAAAAUGCUAGCAAGCAGUGAUGUGACUAUUUAUUACGCACACCAGGGCAAUAUGCCCAUGAAGGUGUGCAAAUUGGGAUAAUCCCCCCCCCCCCUUACCGAAUGGUUCUUCCCAGGAUGAGUUAUUUUAACAUUGUUGGCAAAUCUUAGUUUCUUUAAUGAUGUUGUUAUGCAAUCAUUCAACCAAAUAAAACACAGUGUACCAUAUACAGACGUUGGCUAACCGCAGGCUGGAAGCUGCUGCUAUUGGUCAGAAAUAGAGAAAAGUUUGUUUCAAUAUUAUAGAAAAAGGAAAGGAAAUGUGUCAAGUUCGUCUGUGCUAUAACAUGUGUUUCUCCACGCCUGUUUGUUUAAUAUGGAUGUGUUAAUGUGUGUUUUAGACGUUUGGCUAGCCAUCAGAACCUAAUAAUAUUUUUAAGAAAUCAUUGGGUUAGUAUAAAUGACAAUUCAACCUACGGAUUAGGCCUAAUGUAUGCCUUAUUUAUUUAUGGAGUUAUGAUGUUUUGGUUGUAAUGUGUUAUUACAUGUAUGUGCAGGAUCACUUACUGUGUAAAAAAACAUUAGGAAAAGAAAUGCCAAACUAUGCUGUCUGUGGGUUCGUAUGUUAUCAGAGUGGUUGUCUCAGUAUUUACCCGCAGGUGCAAACCUUUAUGUGUAACAGUGACCAUGUGACCAUUGCCUGUGAUGUUGACAAAACUGAUAUGUGUGUCUAUGUGAGUGAUUGUCAGGGCUGUUAUAGAGCUAUUGAAAGGUCAAAUUGACUGUUGCAAUACAAUUUAAAAUAUAUGCAGGCCUACAUAUAAAUAUAAAAAAUUAUAGUCUGAAUUUAAAAAGAUAAUAUAAUAUUAAUAUGAGGAUAAUACAUAUUUAUUUGUUUAUUUAUUGUCGAAACUAAAAAGGGACUCAAUUUAUUUAUUUUUUUAUAUGGCGUUACUUUUACAGAAAAGUGAAGUAUUAUUGUCUUAACUAAAAAAGAUUAAAAGUUUCGAUGUAUGUUUGAUUGUACCAGAUUAUUAUUGUUAAUCUGAAAUGAAACAAAAAGCAAUAAAAUCAUCUGAAUAAUU